AUGUCCAACCUGACGCUCUACACGACGACGGCGGUGCUGGUGCUCGACUCGGACGGCAACCGCAUCAUCUCGAAAUACUACCAGCCGCCGCACGCCGCCAGCUUCCUCUCGAGCGCAACGCCUGCGCAGCAAAACGCCGUGGCGGCGAGCACGCCGCAGCUGUCGACCAAGAACCCCUUCCCUACGCUCAAGGAGCAGCGCGCGUUUGAAAAGGCCAUUUUCGAAAAGACCCGGCGCGCCACGGGCGACAUUGUGCUGUACGACUCGCACCUCGUCCUCUUCAAGGCGUCGCUCGACGUCAUCUUCUACGUCGUCGGUCCCGCUGCCGAAAACGAGCUCAUGCUCUCCGGACUGCUCAACUCGUUCUACGACGCCACAAGCAUGCUCGUACGCCACCAGGUCGAGAAGCGCGCCAUCCUCGAAAACCUCGACCUCGUCACACUCGCCCUCGACGAGACCGUCGACGACGGCAUCAUCCUCGAGACCGACAGCACCACCAUCGCAUCCCGCGUCUCCAGACCCCGCCCAGACGUAAACGAGAUCCAGAUCAACGAGCAGACAAUCAUGAGCGCAUACUCGAGUCUCAAGGAGAGGGUGGCGCAGCGCAUCCUGCAGGGAUCCAUGUGA